CUUUUUCACAGUAGGGUUGCAGCAGAUAAACGCCACCACUCUCUCUUCUCUCUCGCGCUCUCUCUCUGUCUUCCAAGUAAACCCCAUACUUCAUCUAUCUUAAGCUCUAUCUCACGCUUUUCUCUUCUCUGAAUCCUUUCAGUCUCUGCUUUUCGUCUUCUGUUUUUCUUCGUGGGCAGCAAUGGGAGCUUCACUGCCUCCCAAAGAGGCCAACCUCUUCAAGCUCAUCGUAAAAUCUUAUGAAACUAAGCAGUACAAGAAGGGACUGAAGGCAGCAGAUGCAAUACUGAAAAAGUUUCCUGAUCAUGGGGAAACUUUAUCGAUGAAAGGGCUGACAUUAAAUUGCAUGGACCGCAAAUCUGAAGCUUAUGAGCUUGUACGGCUGGGUGUGAAGAAUGAUGUCAAAAGUCAUGUUUGCUGGCACGUAUUUGGUCUCCUUUACCGUUCAGAUAGAGAGUACAGGGAGGCAAUUAAGUGCUACCGUAAUGCGCUGAGAAUAGAUCCAGAUAAUAUUGAGAUACUACGGGACCUCUCACUUCUUCAGGUUAGCACAGUGUAUUUUCUUUUCAGAGGAACUCUUGAUCAGUGAUGAAAGUUGGGUAUG